AGUUUUAUCGUUACGAUGGCGCUGGGCCUGGUGGGGACGUUUCUCCUGGUCUCCUGUAUCACCGCCCUGCUUUACCUGAUUGCAUGGAGGGGCAAAAAGAAGCCAGGAAACCUGCCCCCAGGACCUACCCCACUGCCCCUGCUGGGGAAUAUUCUGCAGAUCAGCACCAAGGAAUUACCCCGGUCUCUGGUUAAGUUGAGUGAGCAAUAUGGACCGGUGUAUAUGUUUUACCUGGGUCGCCAACCGAUCGUCAUGCUCAUUGGGUACGAAGCCGUAAAAGAGGCCCUUAUAGAUCAUGGCGAUGCAUUCAGUGACAGGGGGACCAUGGAGCUGACUGAAUUCAUGGUCCAGGACUAUGGGAUUGUCUCGAGCAACGGGGAGAGGUGGAAGGUCAUGCGCAGAUUCUCUCUUAUGACCUUGAGGAAUUUCGGAAUGGGGAAGAGGAGCAUCGAGGAGAGAAUACAAGAGGAGUCGCAGUGCCUCGCGGAAGCAUUUCAAAAAUACAAGGAUUCCUCUUUUGACCCUGUACGUCUUCUGGGACAGGCCGUCUCCAACAUCAUCUGCUCCGUUGUCUUUGGAGAAAGGUUUGAGUACGAAGAUAAGAUUUUUGCGACUCUCCUCUCAAACCUGAGAGAAAUCUUUGAAUCGGCAAACACAACGUCUGGCCAGCUCCUCAAUAUUUUCCCAAGGGUACUGCAGUGGAUUCCUGGUCCUCACCAGAAAGUACUCAAAGGUUUUAUAAAACUGAAGCAGCAUGUGUCGGACUCUGUGAAAUCGCACCAAGAGACAGCGGACAUCAACUACCCACGAGACUUCAUAGAUUGUUUCCUCGCACGGAUGGAGGAGGAAAAGAAUAAUCCCAAAACUGAAUUUCGCAAUGAGAACUUGGUGGCAGCGGUAGUGGACCUUUUUUUUGCCGGGACAGAGACCACAAGUUUGACCCUGAGAUACGGCUUCCUGAUUCUUCUUAAGUAUCCAGAGAUACAAGGGAAAAUCCACAAGGAGAUUGACCAAGUCAUUGGCCAAGAUCGCUGUCCAUCAGUGGAGGAUCGGAGUAAAAUGCCCUAUACAGAUGCUGUGAUCCACGAAAUUCAGAGAUUUGCUGACAUUCUCCCUGCCGGACUGCCGCAUGCAGCCAGCAGAGACACGACCUUCAGAGGUUAUCACAUCCCCAAGGGCACCAUCAUACUCCCAGUUCUGACUUCAGUUCUAAAAGACCCCAAAUAUUUUAAAAACCCUGAAAAGUUUGAUCCUGGUCGCUUUCUGGAUGAGAAUGGACGGUUUAAAAAGAAUGACGCUUUCAUGCCAUUUUCAGCAGGUAAACGUAUGUGCGCGGGGGAAGGGCUGGCUCGUAUGGAGCUCUUCCUCUUCCUCACCACCAUCUUACAAAAGUUCACCCUGAAGCCAACAGUGAAGAUAGAAGACAUUGAGAUCACCGCAGAGCCGAACAGCAAUGGUUCGAGGCCACGUCGCUACCAGAUGUACGCCGAGCCACGAUGAAAUAGAUUAACCCAGAACACAAUAUAGCAAAUCUCGAAAGCAGUUAAAAAUGAAAUGAAAUUUGCGGGUUUCUCAUACCAAGCCUUGAAUUUGAAUCCCAGCCUUCUUCUUGCCUUCUUCAUUGUCCUUUGAAGUUCACAUCACAUGUUACUGUCAAGCAAUGAGAUAGCCUUGCAUUUAAAAAAUAUGAUAAACAUAGAGGAAAGCUGGAUAUUUAUCCUUUGCCUCACAAUAUCAAUGGAAUGGGGCUAUUAAACUAACCGUGAAGAUACAUGCUGCUAAAAAAAAAAAAAAAAAAAACAUUAUCGUUGUUGCUAUAUCCUCUAACAAUUUAAGUAGAUUUUAAUAAGCAGGUCUCUAACCUGAAAUAAUAGAAAUACACAGAAUAAUAGAAAAUGAAAAAAGAAA